UAGAGCUUUCCAUGUACAAACUGCUUUUGGUUAUGGCUUCCCUGAAGGCAGGCUCUAUGAAUCUAAUGUUGCUUCUUUCUUUCACAUUGAUCUUAUGCUGCCUUGGAUUCUGUUCCUCCCUUGUAGCAGGAGCAAGCACGAUGCGACGCGGUGAUGAACUCAACUCAUCCUCUGCUAGUCUUCUUGUUUCUGAAGGUGGGGUCUUCACCUUAGGAUUCUUCACUAUCCCCAUCGGGGACGUUUUUGGUUAUUUAGGAAUAUGGGACACCGACGACAAAGAAAAUAAAGUAUGGAUUGCCAAUCCCAACACGCCUAUUGUGAACAAUAUCGGAGUUCUGACCAUUGAUGGCAAAGGAAGGUUGAAGGUUAUGAGUGGAGGGAGCACUGUUGUGAAUAUUAAUGAUGAAGUUGGGAGUGGAAAUGUUAGUGCCACACUAGAAGAUUCGGGUAACUUUGUGGUGAAGGAUGAAAGUGAUAACAGGAUUUUGUGGCAGAGCUUUGAUCAUCCUACCAGCAUGCAAUCGCAAGGUAUGAAGCUUGGUUUUAAUCUCACAAGUGGGCAGAAUUGGACUCUAACUUCUUGGCUAAGUGAUUUUUACCCGUCCACCGGGACUUUCACUUUGAGCUGGGAAUCCACCCAAGAGUCUGGGCAGUUGAUCAUUCAUCAUCGAGGAGAGCGUUAUUGGACUAGUGGGGAAUUGAAAGAUGGGAAUUUUGAACAUAUGCAAUUAAAUGAUUCAUAUUUCAAUCACAGGUUUAGGUAUGUUUCAGCUAGUGAUGGGAGCUACUUCACUUUUUCUCCAACAUCUUUGGCCAUUCCACCCAAGUUGGAGCUGACACCAAAUGGGCGAAUUGUUGACAAUUUGUCUAAGGCUAACCUGACCUCAUAUGAGUUUUGUUACGGUUAUGAAUCAGACGAUGGUUGUGUGAGAUCUACUGUGCCGUUGCCUGAGUGCAGGAGACAUGGUGAUAAGUUCCACGAAAGGCAAGCAGCCUUUAGUGGCAACACUCGAAUUCGUAACGAAAAUCAGAGUCUCGGUGUCGGUGAUUGUAUGAAAAUGUGCUGGAACGAUUGCAAUUGUGUUGGCUUUAUGGAAUUGUUUAGCGUUAGAGUGGGCUGUGCGUUUUGGGGUGGGAAUAUAAAUUAUACAGCAGAUGAACCUAAUUUGGGGGCAAUGUACGUGCUGGUUCCAGCACAUCGGUCCGCAGACGCACCAAGUUCACCCAUACAAUCACCAAGUGCACCCAUACAAUCACCAACUUCAUCCAAUGGAGAGAAGAAAUGGAUAUGGAUUGUCACUGUUGUAGUAGUCGCAGUUCUUAUGCUUCUUUUUGGCCUCUUAUGCUUUUUAAGAAGACGACUAAAAGGGAAUAAUGAGGAGAGAGUUGUUCUUGAACAUAUGACACCAAAUGAAUAUAUGAACAUAGAUGAACUUGAACAUGAUGGGAACAAGGGUCACGACAUCGAGGGUCACUCACCCUUGAAGUUAUUUAGCUUUGCUUGUAUCAGGGAUGCUACAAGUUCCUUCGCAUCAGAAUGUAAGCUUGGAGAGGGCGGUUUUGGACCUGUUUACAAGGGAAAAUUGCCUACGGGACGGGAAAUAGCUGUAAAGCGACUUUCAAGAAGUUCGGGACAAGGAUUGGUGGAGUUCCAAAAUGAGCUCAUUCUCAUAGCCAAACUCCAACACAUGAAUCUAGUGCGGCUUCUAGGUUGUUGCAUUCAAGGAGAUGAGAAAAUGUUGGUAUAUGAAUACAUGCCAAACAAAAGUUUGGACUCCUUUCUCUUUGAUACAACUAAGAAGGAGCAAUUAACAUGGGAAAGACGCCUUAGCGUUGUUGAAGGAAUUGCUCAAGGACUACUUUACCUUCACAAGUAUUCAAGAGUGAGGAUAAUACAUAGAGAUUUGAAAGCUAGUAACAUAUUACUUGAUGAAAACAUGAAUCCCAAAAUUUCUGAUUUUGGUAUGGCCAGAAUUUACAAGCAUAAUGUAUCAGAAGCUAAUACAAAUAGAGUUGUUGGGACGUAUGGUUACAUGGCUCCUGAGUAUGCCAUGGAAGGAAUUUUCUCGGUUAAAUCUGAUGUCUUCAGUUUUGGAGUACUAAUGCUUGAAAUUGUGAGUGGUCGAAGGAACAACAGCUUUCAUGACAUUGAGGGUCCACUUAACCUAGUAGGAUUCGCAUGGGAAUUGUGGAACAAGGAUGCUGCUCUAGAGCUUGUGGAUCUAACACUAAGGGGUUCAUAUGUUGAACAACAGUUGUUAAGAUGCAUUCAUGUCGGUCUCUUAUGUGUAGAAGACCAUGCGAUGGAUAGGCCAACUAUGCUAGAAGUUAUUUCCAUGUUAACAAAUGACAGCAUGGCUUUGCCAAUGCCUAAGAAACCGGGCUUUAUAACGAGAAGCAGAGUGGCUGAGGAAGACGUACACAAAAGUAAGCAAGAAAAUUAUUCAUUAAAUGGGCUUUCCAUCUCUGUCCUAGAUGCGAGAUAAAGCUAUAGAUUUGAAGAGUUCCCAAUCAGAUUGGCAACGUAGCACUGAAGAGAGCAUGAUUUUAUCUCGAUUAUUUUCUGUUGGUGAUUUUGUUUUACACAUGUUAUAGUGAAAUAUUCACAUUCGAGACCAACAGAAAAAUUGAGAUGGCGUCUUUCAAAUCUCUUUUCUUGAAAUGCAUCAAGGGCACUUGUGCCGACAAAACAUGCUUUUUUUUCAUCCAUAACAUGUCUAAUUAUGGAAAAUUUUGGUUUGAGAUUUGAGGUGCAUGAUAGAUU